AUUGAAAUGUCCAACAACAAGAUGAAAGGCCUUCUAAAAGGCCUAAGAUACAUUUCUCAAAUAUUUGAUAAUGAAAAAGAACCUGAAAUGGAGAUUGGUUUUCCCACAGAUGUGAAGCAUGUUGCCCACAUAGGAUGGGAUGGUCCAUCAGUACAUUCUCCUAGCUGGAUGAAUGAAUUUAAAGCACCACCAGGCUUUUCAUCAGCACCAUUAAGUCAUCCAGGAGACAAGAAAGAGGAAACUGGAAUCCAAUGGGUCUCCGAAGAUUCAACUAGAAGACCUGCACGGGCUCCAAAUUCUCCAGCAAGGGACUUGCCAGAAUUGCCUAGGUCGUCAAGACGCAGCGCAUCAUCAAGCAGUGCUGUAACUGGAUCCCCUAUCAGGGAAAAAACAGAAAAAUCAAGACAAUCAAGGAGGUCAUCUAAAAGUUCCAAGGAAUCAACUGAUGCUACCCAACUGAACCUGCUACCCAUCGAUCCAGGUCUAGCAAGUGUGUCAAGCUUAGAGAGUGUGUCACCUGCACACAGCCUUCCAGACGUCCCUAAAAAGAUCAGGAGGAAGAAAUCUAAAGACUGUGGUGGUUCCACAAGAUCAUCAAGAUUGAAACCCCCAGCUCCUGAGACAUAUCAAUCUCCAUUCUCGGAUCCAGGACCUGGAUCCGGAUCAGUUUCCACAUCAAGGAACAGUGAGCUUCGCCCAAACGCUUUUGAAGAUGGAACACCAAAAGGAUACGCAGGAAUCUUUUGAACAUUAUUUUUCUGUACUUUAUACUGGUAGAUAGAACUAUGCUUAGUUGAAACUAAACAGAUUUUUUGUUUUUUGUUUUUUGGUUUUUUUUUUUUUUUUAAUGGAGCC